AUGGCCCCAUUAUUAGACAACCCAAAUGACGCAAUAUUGCCAGAUUUUAGAAUAGCAGAUCAUGCAACAGCCAGGGCUCGGCUCAUCGCCAAUGCAAUAGAAGAAGAACGAGACCACCAACAAGCCAUCACUGACAAACAAGAAGCAGCUCGCAAAGAGGAACAGAAGAAGAACAAAUCUAAGUUCAUUCCUGUCGGCAACUCCAAAGUUCCCUCCAUACCAGUUGUUAUCCCAUCCCACUACGCUGUGCGGAAGUUGAAAGCAGGAGAGUAUUGCGAACUCUACUAUUUCACUAACAAAGGUCUGAAAGACGCCAAGAAGAGUCUACUCUCCACUGAAUCACCAGGUUUAAUGCUAACAACAAACACUGAUGGACUACAAACGUGGAUUAAUGCUGAUGAAAUGCGCGACCCCAAAGCUGUCAUCACUAAAGACAAGAAUCUGUCCUGGGAGCAUUUCAACGAAGCCACCCCGUGUAUGAUUACAGCCAUGAAGCAACAUGAAUGGCCGGAAGAUAGAAUCAACAUGCAUAUCCAAUUCUGGACCGCUCUCCAGAACCAUCGUUGGAGACACACUUUCAACACCUUAAAGCAACGUGCGCUACUACUAUAUCAAAGCCAGCAACGGAGACUAUGGCACUUUACAGCAGGUGGCCCCUUCGGUUGGAGCAUAGCAGAACUUAACCAGGAUCUAAUCAUGGAGGCUGGAGAAGAGAUUUUCAAUGAAGAUCGUGACUUAGCACUCGCUGCACUCAAACAGGUACAUUCAUUGUGA